ACCCUACGUCAUUGCGCAGGCUCCCAGCAGAGACGCCCCUCGAAUUUGUUAGCUUUUUUUUCUCCAGUUGAUCGUUGACGCCUGAUGCCUUUUGGCUGAUCCAUUUGUGGUUUCAGGGUGAAAACAGAGUUGGGUGCUGUGGAAUCGGGUUGAGAUCGAAGCUCAGUGAAGGGAAAUCAAAGCUGUGUAAAGGAAAUAACAGUAACCAUGGCUCCAACAUUGUAUGAUAAGAAGCCGGAGCCAGGGGAUCUGAUAGAGAUAUUCAGAGGGAACUACCAGCACUGGGCUUUGUACGUUGGUGACGGCUUUGUUGUUCACCUGGCCCCACCCUCCGAGGGACCUGGGGCCAGGGCCAACAGCAUGAUGUCUGUGCUCAGUGACAAGGCUAAGGUGAAGAAGGAAGAGAUCUGGGACGUGGUAGGGCAUGAUCAGUGGUGCGUAAACAACCAGCUGGAUGAGAAGUACCAGGUCAGACCCAUACAUGAGAUACUGAGGGAAGCCCAGGCCUAUGUGGACCAGGAGAUGCCCUACUGUGUCUUCAGGGGGAACUGUGAGCACUUUGUCACAGAUCUGAGAUAUGGGAAGGCUGAGUCUCGACAGGUUCGUCAGGCUGUGGAAACUGUGGGAAUGGCUGCAAUGGUGGGCUUCGGAGUCCUUGCUGUUGCAGGUAUCGCAGCGGCCAUCUUUGGAGGUGGAAACAAGAAGAAUGAAGAAAAAUAAGAAUAUAAGUGACCAACUGUAUAAUAGCUUCCUGAGCAGCCAGUCACCAAUAAGCCUAAUAGAUUAUUUUUUUAACUACAGUACUGCCAUCGUCACUUGUAUAAUUCUGGUGUUUUCAGAAGGAAGGGUUGAGUAUUUCCAUAAUAUUUGUAUUUACAGUUAAACAGACAUGAAUUGAAAGCACAAAAGGAGGAAAAGUGUCUGGUUAUAAUUCCAAGGUAUACAGCCUUGGAGGGGCCAUAACCUUGUAGGCUGCUAGGCUAUGCUAGCUAUUUUUUUAUUGUCAGUUACUUAUAAGCAGUGGUGGAAAAAGUACCCAGUUUUCAUACUUGAGUAAAAGUUAAGAUAACGACUCAAGUAAAAGGGAAAGUCACCCAGUAAAAUACUACUUUUUAAAUAUACUGAAGUAAAUGUCAUGGAUAAAAUGUACUUAAGUAUCAAAAGUAAAAGAACCAGACUGCAUCAUUACCCUUCAGGGAAGUACCAUAUGUCGUUUGAUAGGUAAGUCACAUAUACAGACCCAUGCAUGAAGACUAUCAGUCUUAUUUCUGCAGUGUGACAGCUCAUAUACACACACUUUAUAUAGUUUUUUUUAGACAAUUUGAAUUUGUAUAAUAAUCCUAACAGUAGUAAUUUGUGUGUCAGUUGGAAUGAUUGAUGUGCAUUGUGUUUGGGGACAGGUAAAGUACAAAGUCUGAGUACCAGAAUGAUUCCAUGAGGGUUGAAUAGGAGCCAUGUGUCUGGGGUUAAGGCUGAUGGAUCCUAAUAAAUGUUCUAGAGCACUGUAAUAUUGUUAGUUUUAUAUCAUUAUAUACUCUUAAUAUGAAUAUAUUUUAUAUUCUUAGAGAAUGAAGGUAGUGUUAAGUUUCAGCUCUUUGUGUAUAAGAAGUGUAAUUAUCUAGUGGACUGCAGUCGACUGUAGGAAUGUGUACUCCCAAUAACUAAGGCACGGAGGAGCAGGAAGGUUCCGGACUCAGGCUGGGACACGAGAACACCAAGAGGAGGAACAGACUCAGUUCCUGUCCAGAAACAAGAGACUGAUUAUUUAUCUUAGAAAUACAAGGAGGUGACGCCACCUAGUCUGAAGGUAUAAAUAUACAGUAUGUCCUUGUGACCUCUAGGUGUGCUGUGCAGCUGCAACACCCACUGUGGUGAAUAAAUCUAGCUUGAGUUUCUCAGAGUAUGUCUGGAUUAUUGUACCAGAAAUUACAACCUAACAACAUUGAUAUCAUUUAUUUAUAAAAACAUGUUCAGAUUUCUUUUGUCACAGUCCUUUUCAGACAAAUACACUUCUUUA